GCCGCUUGUUUUAUAAGUUUAAUUAUUUACCGCAUUUAUUGAACUGCUGGGAAUGUUGAGAAACUUGGUGCGCAGCUUCGAGACUGCCCUUAGGCUCCAUGCAGCCACAAGCCCAGCUCCGCUGCACUGCAGCAGACGCCUGCUCUUCUCGCAGUACGAAAACCAAAAGAGUCCCAGAAAAUCCCUGCUGACCAGUGCGACAUUUGGUGGCAACGAGGCGGACAACGACUAUGUGCCCUACAGCCAGGAUCAGGAAAGGGGCACCAAGGCCCGGGUGCUGGUCGAAGCUCUGCGGGAACGUUUCCGCUUCACACACGCCGAGCUGGAGAGGAUUAUGAGCGACGAGCUGGUGCACCGCACCUACCGCAGCAGAUCGCUGGCCCAUACCCUGGACACACUGAUGCUGGAGGGGGUCAGCAGGAACAGCUUUGUAGAGUAUUCCUGGCUACUGUCCCUGGACAACAAGCGCCUGACACUUAAGCUCCAGUUAAUCAAGUCGAUGGACAUGCGGGACAUAAACCACUUUGUGCCCUUCCUGCGCCUCACUGUGCCACGCCUCCGUAAGCUGGUUGGUGCCCUCAACUCCGAGCGGAACACGAUACCGCAACAGAAUCGUGUAUAUUACAUCAGCGAGAAGCUGGAGGUCAGUCCGGAGAUUGUGACCAAAUACCUGUCGAAGCGACUAUUUAUCCUGGAGAUGCCCUUCGAGAUGUUCGAGAAGAACCUGCAGCACAUGAUCGACUACAAUGUGUCGCCAAUCAACAUUCUCAAGGAUCUCUGGGCCUUUCGCUAUACGCCUAAGUCGGUUCAGCUGCGUUUGGAGCGCGCCAAGCGAGCGAAGAAGGAUAAGAUCAUGCCGUGGAUGGUGCGAUGUCCGGAGCCCAUCUUGCAGCGCUCCCUGAAGCUCUCCCUCGAUGAGCUGAAGGUUCUGGGGGAGUUCUCUUCCGUGGUGGAAUACUUGGCGCAUCGUUUGGGCUUUAACCCGAGUGAGACAAAAACAAUCAUGGACAGACAUCCGCAGGUACACACCGUGCGGGUUACCAAGAUUAAGGAGGUGCUGGACUACUUACUCGACGAGGCCAAGUUUACGAGAUUUGAGAUAGCCCAAGUGCCUCGAAUUCUGUGCCACAGCCUUAAAACCACCAAGAUGCGUAUGGAUGAACUAAAGUCCCACGGCUGUCGACCCUCCUCCCUCGUCAUCAUUUGUCGCAGCCGCAGGGAAUAUGACAAGUUUUUGCAGCACUGGAUAAGCCAAACGAGAAAUUCGCCAAAUACAGAAGGCAUUAGAGGGUAAAAAAUGUAUACCAUCACGUUUUGGCAGGAACUCACUACAAGUUGCAGUGAAUUUAAGUUAACUAUUUCCUUUAUCGUAAAAAUUAUGAACUGAAUUCAAGAUUUGAUAAAUCUUGAAUAUAAAACAUAAAAGUCUUGAAAAAAUAAAACAAUUGAUUGCA